CAUGGAGCCAGCGCAUGCGUGGUCUUUCAGUGCGUCUGGUAGAGCCGUAAACUAGUUUGACAUUUCGCUAAGAUUAGUGAAGUGAACAACAAACGUCUACGCUUAUGUUUUUACACGAGUCCGGUCGGAGGAAUGAACGAGAUUUUAGGCGUGGGUCUUAAAAUGGGAUUGUUUUUGCACGUUGUCGCUGUCAGCCCCUCCGAAGCGACAUUAGACGAGAGCCUACUGCACUGUGAGGGGCUGAACAACCAGAGCUACGUCUGCGAAUCAGGACACUGCUGUGGGGAGUCACAGUGCUGCAGUUACUACUAUGAACUCUGGUGGUUCUGGCUGGUGUGGGUCAUCAUCUUCAUCCUGAGCUGUUGCUGCGUGUGUCACCACCGGCGCACCAAGCACCGGCUGCAGCAGCAGCAGCGCCAGCACGAGAUCAACCUCAUCGCCUACCGCGAGGCGCACAACUACACCUCCCUUCCAUUCUACUUCAGGUUUCUUCCAAAUUCCCUCCUACCUGACUACGAGGAGGUGGUGAACCGCCCUCCCACCCCUCCCCCUCCCUACAGUGUCUUCCAUACAGUCAGCCCCAUGCCCACGGACCCACAGGACGGCCUGGGACUGGGACACUGCCCAACCAUCCAGACCACUCCGGUCCCCCCAGUAUCCAACACCCUCUGCUCCAGGCCGAGCCUGGAAGAGCCCCACCACAUUGGGGCUCCCACCAUUGGCAACAACAGACACAAGGCAGACAAUAAGCCUCAGGAGCCCCAGGAUGGUGGACCAGGGCUAGAGCCCCAGGAUGGUGGACCAGGGCUAGGGCCCCAGGAUGGUGGAUUAGGGCUAGGGCCUCAGGAUGGUGGCUUAGAGCUAGGGCCUCAGGAUGGUGGACCAGGGCUAGGGCCCCAGGAGACCUCUACAGAGGAGCCUAGAGGCCCAGAGAAGAGUUGCAAGGAGCCUCUGUUACUCGGGGACCUAGGGGAGCCCGAGAGCGGUGCCCAGGAGGACAAAGAUAAUAGGGGGGCCCUUGGGCGGCGGCGCCGAUUCACGGGUGACUCUGGUAUCGAGGUAUGCUUAUGUGAUCGUGGUGGUAGUACCAGUAUUGGAAGCCAGGAGGGCAAGGAGCUGAGGGAGAAGGAUAGCCUAAUGGGGGUGGAGGUUGAGGAGCAGGAAGGAGGAGACUUCUGUGACGGGUGCGGUCACCCCGCUCUGGGAGUAGAAGAGGAGCAGGCCCUAGCCCUGGAUGGACCCGAUAGUAGGUCGGAGUGCAGGUCGGCGACAGGGUCCACCUCCCCGCCACCACCCGCUAUGACGCAACCCACCCAGCCCCCGGUGUGCCUGCUCCUCCACACCAUCAACGAGCUUGAGGGGCCCCCUCACCAUGGCAACAGCACAGAACCCCAGGGCUGAGCUACGCUAAGCUAAAGCACAUCUUCACCGAGGAGGGAGAGAGAACCAGGAGCGGGAGUCAAGACUUUAGUGUGUGUGUGUGUGUGUGUGUGACGAGUAGGAAGUUGUAUUUUAUCCCAGAGUCUGGACUUAAAAGCUUGAUGUUGAUACCUAAAGCCCAUUUGGCAUACUGUAAUGGUGGCCUUAACUGCAAUGUACAAGGAAACAGGAGGACAGGUUUGGCCUAUCACCAACCUACCUACAGACUGCUAACAGCAUAAAUGUCCUCCUUUGUCUGCCUUUACCAAGAGGAGGCGAAAGGCGAUCGUGUAAAGACUUUUGCAAGCUGGAGGAGAGUGAUAGUCUGGUCAGUGGAUGCUGACCUGACGUUUGGUGCGACUGCAGUAUAGUGUAAGUACACACGGGUGCAACUCUAGCCUGGUCUCAGAUCAGUUUGUGCUGCCCUGCCAACUCCUAUGCUCAGUGUACCAAGCUAGUGAAAAUCAUCGCAGCUACUUCCUGUAUCUGUUCACAGGAAGGAACAUCCUGGACAAAUGCACUGAAGCGGUACAGGAACAUUGUCAAGCAGUGCAGUGUGGAUCGUCAUGGCGACGAUGUGUGCUUAUGUAAUGUGAUAGUCCCAGUCGGUAUGAAAUAGAACGUGGUGGCCCUGCCUGCCUGUGGGGAAAACAACCCAUGGUUACUUUGGUUACCCCGUUGGCUCACAGCAAAAACUUCACCUUUUUCCAAAAGCUAUUUUCUUGCCUGCUUGUUUUAGUCAAUUACAAAAAUACAUUUAAGAAAAGUACAACGUGUGUAAAGAUUACUAUUCAACUUCGCCGGCUCCUGAGCGUUCUCACUACUUGUAAUGUUGUAGGCGCUUGCCUCGUUUUCAUGACGGCACUAAAUGUUAACCGAGUGAGUGAGUGAGUGAGUGCGUGCGUGCGUGCUAGCUAGCACCAACUAGAACAGGACUCUCCAAGCCUGUUCCUGGAGAGCUAUCCUCCUGUAGGUUUUCACUCCCAACCCCAGUUGUAACUAAUCUGAUUCGGUUUAUAAACAGUUCAUUUUUUAGAAUCAGGUGUGCUAGAUUAGGGUUGGAGUGAACCUACAGGACGGUAGCUCUCCAGGAGCAGGGUUGGAGAGCCCUGAACCAGAACAUUAAACUAGCCAACACAAACGGACUAGCUAUAAAGCUACAAGAAGUGAGUGGAGUUCUAAACUGACUGUACUCAACAAGAUGCAUGUCUUACCUGUGAUAACAUAUUUUCCACACACGUAGCUAAAGUGUAGCCUACUUUGACACCGGGUCCCCACAAUUUCUCACUCUUCCACACUGAAUAGCCUGAAGGGCUCUUCUCGGCUGGCUCUAUUUCCCUACGUGGGAGCAUCGUGAACCGUAGGUCGAGAUUUUUGACCUAGUUACAUUUUGUAUAACAAAAAGUGUACUACGAAGUUGGCUCUUUUACAGUCGCGGUCAAUGGGGGAAAGAACGUUUGUUUUCCCACGUUGGUGGGCGUUGUUGAGGGCAAUUAAUUCUUAUGACAUGAAUACUGACUCGGAGUAAUACUGUACAGGAAGAGCCUGACACUAAACACUGUGUGAAUGUUACUGUUCCACAUAAGACCUUUAGCCUUAUGUUUUUUACUCUCCUACAACCCUGUUGUCACAGGGACCCAAGUGCAUUAACACAUUUUGUGUGACACAAUCAUUUUAUUUUGCACAUAAAUAUAUGUAACUCUAAUAAUGGAGACAAAGAAAUGAAUCAAACAUAAAAAAUCGAAUCCUGUCUUUUUUUUCUCAGUUACUAUUUGUUUUGUAAAGGAUGGUUUUCUAAUGUGUCGUUGAGAUUAAUUCUACAUGGGUUAAAAACACAACGCUUACCACAUACAGUAUGGGCCUCUAUCGGAGUCUAGGACGUGAUUGGUUCUUCUUCUCAGAGAUAUUGAUUACAUUAUUUUAUUGUGCAUCUCUGAGAAACUGUCAUGUUUGCGAGAACCAAGCUAUCAUAAGUGCUUUAUAUAGGCCUAUUAUGCAUUUUGUAUAAACAAAUAGAAUAUUCUAUAAUUGUGGUACAACAAAGGUCAACUAUUCUGCAUUUUGGGCGGAUGUCUUUGUCAACUCGUAAUGAAAUUAUAAAGCUUUUGAUCGACAUAUUGGAAAAUUGCGUAUUAUUAUAUCAUACAACGCAUUAAUGAAUCAAACUAGCUACUUUUAAAUCUGUCAUAGCAAAAUGUCAGUCUACAAUCAUUCGUUUUUUAGUUAGUGAAUGAUUCAUUUCUAUUUUAUUUUAAUAAAUAACUUACUAUUGUUUUGCUGAGUAUAGAAUUGUUGUACUCUUGAAGCAUUCAAUCUCCUUCAAUCAAUCAAAAGAGUGUGAAGGUGAAGAUACAGGGAACUCGAUACACAGAUUAAAUGACCUAUUGAAUGAGGUGACAAUAUUGUAAUAAUGGACAUCAUGCCAAAGAUAUUAUGCUGUUUCCACACGGGAUGUAAGGUGGUUGUGCACAUUUUCUGUCUUUUGUUCGUAAGCCAUUUUAUUACAGCAGCGAAAUUGACACAUGUUCAAUAAAUGAAAACCAGAAA